AUGGAGAAAGCUAACAACGAAAUAAGUCAGUUCCAAAAGAAGAGGAGAAUGCGAAAUUGCCGCAAGAAACGGAGGAGACAAGAGCGAGCGUUAGCCAACCGCAUGGUUAAUGAAGAGGUUUUAGCGCAGAAAGUAAAUGCAGCCGUGAAGGAGCAGAAAGCACUCGCUGAGAAAUAUUUACCAAGUGGAAAAACAUUUCUAAAGAAGCAAACGAACUUCGACGUAAAAUACCGGCACAAAGUCGCAAGAGAAAGGUAUGAUUUUGCUUCAAGAAUAGUUGGAAUGUGAUAUAUUUUGGAUACAGUAAUAUAUUUAUUAUAGACCUAGCCCUAAGCCCAGGACACCCCCACUCUAAUACUGCACCCCCUGUAUACUUCACAUACAGGUAUACUGCUGUAAAUAGAUUUAUUAAAUAUCAUUGAAGUUCAUGCUAGUUAAAUCAAUAAGUUCUCUUCUCUAUUGUACAAUUAAGCAUCCUCUCCAAUAAAUUCCCACUCAAAUGUGCCAAGGGAGGGGGGGGGGGAUGGUUAUUACAUGAUUUGUGGUGCUGUGUAACCCAUCAAUUCAUGUGGUGACACCUAGACUACAGUACAUAAAGUAAAGGUAAAGGUAAAAAUAUUUUACAACAUUUAUUAUUGAAAAUAUCAAGUGUCGGAUAUUAAAUAUUAACUGAGACCAGUGAUUCUGAAAGGAAACAGUAUGUUUUGCUGACUGAGGCAUACAGUGUUUGACAAAACAUGCUGUUUCCCAAAAACAACAACAACAACAUCAGUCAAUAAUAUUUCAUUAUACUUGUGUGUAAAAAUUGUCCAAAUCAUUGAAACAAACUAUAUACAUGCCCUCAUGGUUUUUGCCAGGAUUAGCAACAUUCAUGCAAUUUUGGCAAAAUGUCAAACAUCACUAGUACUGUUAUACCUUAAUACACCCUUCUGGAAUGUGCAGAACAUCAUUGGCUGUAGAGUAUAGAAUCUCGUUUUCAGGUAUAUGAUGUAAAACCUAGCAUCUCAACCAUGAAAACAUGGCUCUGUAGCCAAGACGAUGUACUUUCUGGAAGCAUGUAUUGUACUCACCACCACAUAAUAACUUAUACCAAUAAAUAUUGAGAGGGAUUAAAAGUACAAUACCAGAUUUACUAUUUGUUGGCUACAUUAAUUUUUACAUAGAAAUUUAAUUCUAUUACUAAUGUUAUAGGUUUCAAUGGAUACUGCUGCAACUGGUAAUGCCUCACUAACCAAAAUGAGUAUUGCUUCAGUAAAACAAAUAAGGCCAUAUGAGUGGUUGCCAUUGGAAGUAAAUAACUCAGCCACUAUUCCUGUUGGCUCUGGAACCUAUGGGGAUUGUUUUCUUAAAACGUUUAAGAGAUUUGGGAUUACUGUUGUUUAG